CUAACCAUUGGGGUAUGUACAUUGGUAUGGGUAUGGAUAGCGGGUUCUAAACCGGUCCGGAAAUACUAAACCUGUUUCGAGAAUCAUUGAUCACCAUUAGAGAGCCGUUAGGGUUUUAGCUUUAGGUUUAUGUUGCGAAUACAUAUUGAAGGUAAAGAAAGUAAACAUCUGCCUAUUUGGUGCUACCAAAGAAUAUCUGUUCGCUUUCGUAAAUCGAAUUUGUGUCUUAUAAUUUAGUUAAGAAAGAUAGCAGUGAAGUGAAGUGAAGAAUGAUAGCAGCAGUUUCAUGGGUGCCCAAAGGGGUUUCAAAGUCUGUUCCAGCAGUGGCUGAGCCACCUUCCAAAGAGGAAAUUGAAGAGAUGAUAAACUCUGGUGCUUUAGAUAGAGGUGAAGAUAGUGGGAGUGAGAAGGAUGAUGAAAAUAUGGAAAUUGAUAAUUCCAAGCAGAAUAAUGAAGUCGAUCAAGCAUUAGCUGUAGCAGAUGCACUUGGUAGAGCUCCCAAGUCAACCAUUAAAUUUGAUGACAUCACCGAGGGUCUUAAAGAGCUUGAUAUGGAUAAUUAUGAUGAGGAGGAUGAGGGCAUUGAGUUAUUCAGCACUGGACUUGGGGACCUUUACUACCCUAGCAAUGAGGCAGAUCCCUAUCUUAAUGAUAAUGAUGAUGAAGAUUCAGAAGAUCUUGAGGACAUGACCAUUAACCCAAAGGAUGCAGUCAUAGUUUGUGCUCGUAAUGAGGAUGAAUUCAGUCACCUUGAGGUUUGGAUAAUUGAGGAAUCAGAUGACGGUGAUUCAAACAUGUAUGUUCACCAUGAUAUUAUUCUAUCAGCGUUCCCCCUUUGUACAGCAUGGCUUGAUUGUCCACUUAAAGGGGCAGAAAAAGGAAACUUCAUAGCUGUUGGCUCAAUGGAACCAUCAAUUGAAAUAUGGGACCUGGACAUUGUUGAUGAAGUGCAACCAUCCGUAGUUUUAGGUGGUGUCGCUGAAAAGAAGAAGAAGAAAAAAGGAAAGAAGACAUCAAUUAAAUACAAAGAAGGAAGUCACACUGAUUCUGUACUUGGCCUUGCCUGGAACAAACAGUUCAGGAAUAUACUUGCCAGUGCUAGUGCUGACAAGCAAGUUAAAAUUUGGGAUGUGGCUACUGGAAAAUGUGAUAUUACUAUGGAGCAUCACACUGACAAGGUACAAGCAGUUGCUUGGAAUUAUCAUGAGCCGCAAGUUCUUCUCAGUGGAUCUUUUGAUCAUUCAGUGGUCCUGAAGGAUGGGAGGAUACCUACACAUCCUGGUUUUAAAUGGUAUGUCACAGCUGAUGUCGAAAGCUUGGCCUGGGAUCCCCACAAUACUCAUUCAUUUGUGGUGAGUCUUGAAGAUGGUACGGUCCAAGGUUUUGAUAUCCGGACUGCAAAGACUGAUUCAACUUCUGAUUCAAAGCCAAGUUUUACACUCCAUGCACAUGACAAAGCUGUUUGCACAGUCUCCUAUAAUCCGUCUGUGCCUAAUCUUCUUGCAACAGGAUCUACAGAUAAAAUGGUAAAACUUUGGGAUUUGUCAAACAACCAACCAUCAUGUGUAGCGUCAAAGGAUCCUAAGGCUGGGGGUAUCUUUUCAAUUUCCUUCUCAGAAGACAGCCCGUUCUCACUCGCUAUAGGAGGUUCAAAGGGCAAACUGCAAGUCUGGGACAUAUCAUCAGAUGCAGGGGUCUCAAGAAGAUUUAUGAACUCCAGCAAGCAGAAUGGACCUCAUCCGGGGACUUGAUUGAAAGUGAAAAAUACGAUCCUUUUUGACAUUGAGCUUGUAAUUAUCGCAGAAAAAAGCUUGUUCAUUGCUUGCAAAAGUAAUGUUCACUGUAGUUUUUCAAAUUCUGUAAGGUUGUAAUUUUGUUUGUUUCCCUUUCUGGAAUUAUUUAUACAUGCUAAUGCAUGAAUUGGAUCAGAGACGAAAAUCAAGGUGAUGAUAUAAAAUGUUCUACUGAUUCUGCCU